AUGGCUCCCAUCGCAGCGCUGCCUGAGCAAUGGACCGAGCUCAUGACAGCUCGUGAACAGCGCGCCCACCUCGUCGCGGAUGUCACCGCCAUCAAAACCGAAUGUGGCGCAAACCACGAGGCGCGCCACGUCAGCGAAUGCUCGCUAUGCUUUCCCAAGGUACUCGACCGCCUGUAUGCGCGAUACAAGGACAGCACAGGCGGUCGCGAGUGGUUCUCGGAGCGCAGCAUGGUCAUCCCCGGGCUCGAUACGGUCAUCAGCGAAGCCAAGGCGGGCAAGGCCAAGCUCAGCGACAUUGACGUGAACAUUGCGUCGGAGAAGGAGGCGUGGUAUCGUUGGGUUCUGCGCAGGCAUCCCGAGUUCUUGGCCGUCGCACGCACCGGUAAGGAUAAGCAGGUCAGGGAUCUUCUGAAUGACCCAGACACCACGCGCGACGAGCUGGUGAGGGCCGUGGGCGAGGCGGUGGGCAUGCCGGAGCACUGGUCGGACGAGAUUGACGGGUUUGUGGAGAAGUACCAGGGCCGCAGGGGAGACGAGAAGGCGCUGAAGGAGCUCUACAUCCAGCAGUUCUUCAAGGACCAGGCCACGGGUGAGACCCUCCCGCAUGCCCGGGAGUACUUGGACAUGUACGAGGGCGAACUCAGCGUCAAGUUGGAGGAUGUCAUUGGCAAGAUUAUCGCCGCCAACAAGGACGACAGGAGCACGCAGACGAAGCGAGAAGAGCACAAGAAGCGACUUGACGAGCUGCGGAGGGCCAAGACGACGUUUGAGCGGGACAGAGCCAAGGCUAAGAACCAAACCCAGGGGGCUCAAAAGUCGAGCGUCGAGGAGAAGCUGGACCACCUGCCACCGUGUCGGGCGUGCGGUCAGCAAGUCGACCCUGACGUGUACUGGCCAUGUGCGCUUUGCAUGACAAUGGUGCAACUGGGGGGUGCAGGCGAUUUGACGGUGUACUGCUCGCAAGCGUGCGACGACAAAGGACGACUCGACCACGAGACCGAAGCGCACCUCUGCCACGCCGGGGAGAGCUGCGUCUUCUUCACCGAUCCGGAAACAAGCGAGCAGGGCGGCCCCGAGAGUGCCAAGAUGUGUAACGAAUGUCUGGAUAAGAAAGAGGCUACUGUCUACUGCACGCUCACCUGCGCGGCGCGCCACCUGCCACGGCACCGCAGGAGCGUGCACGGCGCGGAGAUGGAGGUGGACAGGAUACAGGAUCUGGUCUCGCCGUUGCACAAGGUCGUCGAGAUGACUUUGACGGGGGUGAAGGUGGGCGCGGAUAUCACGUUUACAUGCCUCGAGUCGAAGCGAGAGUGUGUUGCGAGGACCGGACCGCGGACGCGCCGUCCCAAGCGCAGUAAGAGUUCACCAGAAGCCGGCCCAGCCCAAGAAUCGGGGCCAAGCUCGACGCAAGCGCAGACAUUCACCAUUGACUUUGCCGUCUCCGCGCCAGAAGAGCAAGAUGACUCCUUCUCGUCCCUCGCACAGACCCACGAGCAAGCUCUCUCGGCCCUCUUCACAGAGCACGAGGAAGAGCAAAACUUCAUGCUACCUCUCUCGCCGCCCUCUUCAUCCGCUACGCCAGCUCCUCACUCUGUGGAGUCUCUGACAGGUCAGCCACAGUUCAAUCUCGCCUCGGCUUCCUCGCUUCUGGACAUCUUCAGGACACACAUGCUGCCCAACUUCCCGUGUGUCACCCUGGCAGAAACAGACACCGUCGCGGAGAUGGCUACGCGGCAGCCAUUUGUCUUGCUUGCCAUUCUGGCCUCGGUCUCAGCCUCGGGCAACAUGCUCCAGGGUCAUGGCCUCUACGAUUCAGAGUUCCGGAAAGUCCUUGCCCUCAAGUUCGUCGCAGGCGGCGAGCGAACACUCGAAAUUCUUCAGGGCAUUUUGAUCUACUGUGCUUGGUACCCCUUCCACCUACGACCGAAGAACAAGCAGGUGUAUCACUAUCUGCGCAUGGCGUCCGAUCUACUGCAUGAUCUGGAACUAGACAGUGAGCCGGUUUUCUACCAACCAGAAGACUUUUGCCUCCAAGCCGGUAUCAGGGCGUACUUGAGCUACACUUAUCUUGCUGCCUCGCUCCUCAUCGGUUGGCAGCGAUACAAGGGGAUCUACGCGUCGUUCGAUACUUGGACAGAGAAGGCAUGUGCUCUGCUCGAGACAAACAACCAUGCUCCGGGGAAUUGUUCCCUCGUUGCUCUCGUCAGACUGUCGUCCAUCAUCGUACCAAGGAUCGACGUGGACAGCAACAAGUCUGCGUACACCGAAGCAGACAAACACCUCAUGCUGCUAGGACUCGAAGCAAAACUCGAUAAUCUUCCCAUCGCACACGAAACAACCACAAAGAAUCCCGUCUUCCUCACGCACCUCUUUGCCAAAAUCUACCUCAUCGCUGCCCCUUUUCUCACUUUUCCCCCUAGCCCAAAACCUUCCUCGCCCCCAAACCUGAGCGACAUCAUAACGCCUCUCGCCACGGUCCUCGCGACCCUCGCCAGUCUCCCCGAUGAAUCCUUCCGGGCUUUCACCGCACCAGACUGGUCCCGUCUUAUCGUGUGCGUGAUUGUCGCCUCCAAGCUCUCCUUCCCCUUGGCAAACGACCCAUCCUGGGAUGACGCAUCCGCCAGGCACGCUCUACGGCUAGGCUCGUUCCUGGACAGCUUUUGCCGGGACGACGAGGUUGGCGACAAAGCCAGCACCAAGAACGACGUGCUGUCCGCGAGCCGGGUCGUCAUGCGCAUGGUGCGCGACAAGUUCAACCGCAGACUACACGCAGCCGCCGACGCAAGAGGGACAGCAUCACUCGGUGGUUGCCCCAUGCUUGACGGUAGCCUUGACAACUACAUGCCCAUGUGGGAUCCGCCGCCGCUGCCGCUGGCCCUUCAGACGACCCCCCAACAACAAAGCGGCCCCGUGUUCCACGACCUCUGGGCGACCAUGACAAUGUCAUGGUCCAACGGCCGAGGCGCUUGCCCCUGA